AUGGCAUACAAUGAAGAAACUUCUCCUCAGUGGAAAACUACCAUUAUAAUCAGCACAUCACUUCAGAACCAUGACGCAGUAAAGACUCUCAGAGGGCAGCAGCACAGAAUCAGGUUUUCAGACAGUGUUGAAUCUGGAGCCUUUAUUUUUCCUCUUUCAGGUACUGCAUUUCUAUUGGCUGAUCCAGAUCCCUCUGAAGAAUCAGGACUCAUUGAGAAGCUGAAGAAGUUUGUUCAAGUUCAUCGUAACAGCUUUCUGCUCCUACAUGCCCCCUUCACUGGUACAAAGGAACUGGAAACCAUGUCUCUGAUCCAGCACAGAUUCUUUGGAACCAAUCUCCGGAUCCUCCCCGUCCAAAACAAUGCUGACAUUAUCAAAGGAAUGUUAACAAUUGCCAAGGCCACUAGUAAGCCCCAUGUAGACCGUAUUCGGGACCGGAUGUCACUGGCCCAGGCCCAUAUCAUCGAAAGCAGCCCUGUGUGGGAGAUGCUAAGAGAUAUUCUGUAAAGCUCAGCAGUUGUUUCCGCAUAACUUACGAUCCUUUGUGUAAGUCUGUCCGAGAUCCAAACCGAUAUAACACAAUGCAAGAUUAAACAGCUUAAAAGUAUGUC